GUUCUCCUUCACCAGUUCCGGGGGAAACUCGUCGGUGUCCCGGACCCUCGACUGCGGCUGUGGCUGCGGCUGCUGUCCUGCGCCCCCGUCCGACCGCCCUCCCACCGCUGUGCGGGUCCGACUCUCGCACCCUCCCCGCGCGACGCUCGGCUCCUCCCGGUCCCGCCUUCUCCGCCCGGGCGCCCGAGGGCAACGGAGGGUGGGGGGAGGGCGGAAUUUCCCAGUGGGGGGGGGCUCUGGUUUCCUUUGCCACCGGCCAGUCUCUUUCUGUUUACGGAGAGAAAGGGGAAAUGGAAAAGGCGGGGAGGCGGCGGCCGGCCUCCGCUGCGCCGCCCCUGGGCUGGCUCAGACGCCGUGAGUCAGGGGCCGACCAGGGCGGGCUGUGCGCGCCGGCAGCCCGGAGCUCACUUGUCCGCUCCGCUUCGGAGGACACGCCACGCUCUGGGGCCUGACGCCCUGGCUCCCGCUUCUGCCGCCGCGGGACUCCGGUGGCCCGGCGCGCCCGGCUCCCGAGGGCCAGCCACCAGCUGCGCUCCGAGUCGUCGGGGAGCAGCGACUGGAGCGCUCGGCCUGCGGGGCAACGCGGAGGCCACAGACGCUGCAGAAAUUGCAACAGUGAUGGAGGACAUGAGCACUGGAAGUGACAAUAAAGAAGAAAUUGAUUUACUGCUUAACCAUCUAAACAUGUCCGAUGUGAUAGACAUUAUGGAAAAUCUUUAUGCAAGUGAAGAGCCAGCAGUUUAUGAACCUGGUCUGAUGACCUUGUGUCAAGACAGUAACCAAAACGACGAGCGGUCGGAGUCUCUGCUGCUUAGUGGCCAAGAGGUGCCUUGCUUGUCAUCGGUCAGAUACGGAACCGUGGAGGAUUUGCUUGCAUUCGCAAACCACAUAUCCAACACUGCAAAGCAUUUUUAUGGACACCGACCACAGGAAUCUGGGAUUUUAUUAAAUAUGGUCAUCACUCCCCAGAAUGGACGCUACCAAAUAGACUCUGAUGUUCUCCUGAUCCCUUGGAAACUGACCUACAGGAAUAUUGGCUCCGAUUUCAUUCCUCGAGGGGCCUUUGGAAAAGUAUACUUAGCGCAAGAUAUAAAGACAAAGAAAAGGAUGGCGUGUAAGCUGAUCCCAGUAGAUCAAUUUAAGCCAUCUGAUGUAGAAAUCCAGGCUUGCUUCCGGCACGAAAACAUCGCUGAAUUAUAUGGCGCAGUCCUAUGGGGUGAAACUGUCCAUCUCUUUAUGGAAGCAGGCGAAGGGGGAUCUGUUUUGGAGAAACUGGAGAGCUGUGGACCAAUGAGAGAAUUUGAAAUUAUUUGGGUGACAAAGCAUGUUCUUAAAGGACUGGAUUUUCUACACUCGAAGAAAGUGAUUCACCAUGACAUUAAACCUAGCAACAUUGUCUUCAUGUCCACAAAAGCUGUGCUGGUGGAUUUUGGUCUGAGUGUUCAAAUGACUGAAGAUAUCUAUUUUCCUAAGGAUCUCCGAGGAACAGAGAUUUACAUGAGCCCAGAGGUAAUCCUGUGCAGGGGUCAUUCCACCAAAGCAGAUAUCUACAGCCUGGGGGCCACGCUCAUCCACAUGCAGACAGGCACCCCCCCCUGGGUGAAGCGCUACCCUCGCUCAGCCUACCCCUCCUACCUGUACAUAAUCCACAAACAAGCACCUCCACUGGAAGACAUAGCAGAAGACUGCAGCCCAGGCAUGAGAGAGCUGAUAGAGGCUGCCGUGGAGAGGAACCCCAACCACCGCCCGAGAGCAGCAGACUUGCUAAAACACGAAGCCCUGAACCCCCCCAGAGAGGACCAGCCACGCUGUCAGAGCCUGGACUCUGCUCUCUUUGAGCGCAAGAGGCUGCAGAGUCGGAAGGAACUGGAACUUCCUGAGAACAUUGCUGAUUCUUCAUGUACAGGAAGCACUGAGGAAUCUGAGAUGCUAAAGAGACAACGAUCUCUCUACAUAGACCUCGGAGCCCUGGCUGGCUAUUUCAAUCUUGUUCGGGGUCCACCAACACUUGAAUAUGGCUGACCAAUGAUGCGAUUGCUCUAAAUUAGGACAGCAUUUAUCUCCUUCUCCGACUGUAUAUGGUGGAGCUGUACAGUGAAUGAUGACGUUUAUUGGGGGACAGUGUGGGCUCCAGUGACUCAUGAAUGUGACUGCAGGUGGCCCCUGUGUCUUUGAUCUGUGAAGCUACUCUGAUGUGAUUCACCAGCUCUCAAAGUUCUCAUUUCUCAGGUGGUAGGACUCUCAAGGAAAGACGCUGAAAGUUCACCGAAGGAUCAUUUCUGCUGACUGAUUCCAUUCACUAGGCACUUUCCUCAACAUUCUAAAAAUACCAAUCGCAAGGAUAAUAUAUUAGCCCAAAUUACUAUUCUUGGUUCUUAUGUAAGUAUAGGGUCUUCAUUUAACUCAGACUAGUUUUGUAUAUAUUAGUGUAUAUUAUCUAGUGUAUUAUAUAAUCCUUUGAGCCUUUGUUGAUAGAUUCUUGUAUAAUUGCAUUCAUAAUGUUUUGGGUGACUAGAACAACUUGAAUAUUGUACCAUUAUGCUGGGCUAGGGUCUUAAAAAUGGCUAACCGAUGAAUUAGGAGUCAUCUGUCAGCAGGCCACUAGUGACAGUUUUGGUUUAUGUUCCUAUGGAAACAUUUUGUAUUGUACAUGCUAUGCUUAAAACAUUCAAGCCAUGUCUUUGAAUGUGGAUAAAACUGUGUAAACCACAUCAUUUCUGUACAUCCCUAAGGAUGAGAAUGUGACUUUUAAGAAAAAUAAAAAUUUUGUAAAUUACCAGCGAUGCUACUUUCAUACUUGUCAUGAUUCUAUUUUCUUUUAAGCAUUUGUAUAUCAAAAUGGCAUACUGUGUAUGUUGAAUAUCAAAUGCCUCUAUGACUCGCUCUUACAUAUAGAUACUGAACCUUGUAAAAUACGUGAGUAGUCCUGUUGAAAGUAUGAUUUUACAUUUUGCUAAUGAAACGCAACACUUUUGUCCACCAUGAUGGGUCGAAUCAACUGAAUAAAUUCUGUAUUUUGUCUUA